CCUAUUCAACAUGGCGACCCCGGCAAGUAUCUCAUCUAGAAAAAGAGAAGGGAAGUAAUGGACGUGGAGAGGAUCUUCCGCGUACACACAAGUGUGGCGAGUGUGACAAGAAGUUUCAUCGACUGAGUGGCUUAAAGAGACAUAUGCGUUCUUACACUGGCGAGAGACCGUUAAGAUGUGAGGAGUGCAGCAAACAGUUUAGUCGGCUAGGUAAUCUGAAGAGACAUAUGAGAACCCACACCGGUGAGAGACCUUAUAAGUGUGAUAAGUGUAGCAAACAGUUUAGUGACCAGGGCAGUAUGAAGAGCCAUAUGAGGACUCAUACUGAGGAAAAACCAUUCAAAUGUGAGGAUUGCGGAAAUCAGUUUAGUAGGAUGUAUCAUCUGAAGAGUCAUAUGCGGACUCACACCGGAGAGAAGCCCUAUAAGUGCGAAGAAUGCAGGAAACAGUUUAAUGUGUUGGAUGGUCUGAAGAUACACAUGCGGACUCAUACCGGUGAGAAGCCCUAUAGGUGCGAUGAAUGCAGCAAACAGUUCAGUGAGAUGAGUAGUCUGAAGAGGCAUAUGAGGACUCACACUGGUGAGAAACCUUAUAAAUGUGAGGAGUGCGGCAGGCAGUUUAGUCGGCUUGGUAACCUGAAGAGCCAUGUGAUGACUCAUACCGGUGAGAAACCCUACCAGUGUAAAGAAUGCAGUAGGAGCUUCCGUACCUCAAGUCAUCUCCGGAGGCACAUGCGAACCCACAGUGAGAGAAGUUCACAGCUACCGAUGUGAAGGCUACAGGCACCAGGGUGAAACCCUACCGUUGUGAAGGAUGUAGUAACACUUAGGACAUAUGUACGUGACUUAGAACCGUCAGUCAGACCAUCUCUGGAGCCACAUGCAAACUCACAGCGAUUAAACUUCACAGCAACCGGUUUGGCGGUUUCAUGCACGAUUAAGGGUGAAACCGGUGUGACGAAACCUUACAGCGGGUCUACCGAAAGUGCGAAAAGGAACGAAAAGGAACGAAAAGAAACGAAAAGAAACGAAAAGGAACGAA